AGUUCGACAACAACCACCAAAAGAGAUAUAAUCAAUAAGCAGCUCUAAACAAUAACUUGACUUUGGUGGUGCUCGUGCUUUUUUUUUUUGGAGAGUCCUUACCUUUGUGUGCGCGCGCUCGUUGAGUUUCUCUCCAAACAGGUUCGACCAGGACACACCUGUGAGGAGAAAAGGGAAGCCUUGUGUGCUCGGACGCCAUUCUUCACUCAGUCUUUGACUUCUGUCGACGACGGACGGAUAGACAGCCAUCGAGGGAAACUUUCUUCAAUAUUUGUUUUAGGUUUUAUCAAUUUCAUCAUGACACUUUGGAUUGCUCUCCUUCUCGCUGCCUUCGCGGCGGGAGCCUCAGCUCAAGGCUGUACAUGUGCUUCUAUAAAGUGGGCCACCUGUAAUGAUGCACCUCCAUGCUCGUGUUCCAUUUUGGUCGGCGACAACCUGAAACAAACCGUGGACUGCAAUGCAUUGGUCCCCAAGUGUUUCUUGAUGAAGGCUGAGAUGUACAGAGCUAAAAAGGGCCUGUCCGUCCGUGGAAUAGGAGGAAAGCCAGUGGAGACUGCCUUUGUGGACAACGAUGGCAUCUAUGACCCAGAGUGUGAGAACGACGGCAAAUUCAAGGCCAAGCAGUGCAACAACACCGAGGAGUGCUGGUGCGUCAACAGUGCUGGCGUUCGUCGAACUGACAAGGGAGACAAGAAUAUCAAGUGUGAGAAGCUGGUGGAGACCUACUGGGUCCGUCUUCAGCUGACACACAAAAAAGUGAACUCUUCAGUGGAUGCCAGCAAGUUGAAGGUUGCAAUUGCGGAUGCCAUUCACAAACGUUAUGGCAACUUUAACAAGGACAUGGUGAAGGACAUCGAGUAUGACCCUGAGGCCCGCAUGAUUGUGGUGGAUGUGAAGAAGCCAAUGGGAGAACGCAAGAGUGACCUGACCCAAAUGGCCUACUACAUGGAGAAAGAUGUGAAGGUGCUGCCCCUGUUCGCGAACCAGGAGAAGUUUGUGUCAGCUGUGGGAAGCCAGAAUCUGGAGAUGGAAAACAUCCUGGUGUACUAUGUGGACGAGGAGCCCCCAACAUUCACCAUGAAGAACCUCUCCGGUGGGAUCAUCGCCGUCAUCGUGGUGGUGGUGCUGGCUGUGAUUGCUGGCCUGCUGGUUUUGUUCUUCGCCAAAAAGCGAGAGAGUCAGCGGUACAACAAAGCUCAGCAAAGAGAGAUGGAGGCCAUGUAAAGUCUUCAUUUCAGUGGGACUCUAUGAAGAGUCAGCUUGUACAUCACCUUUUUGGAUUAACUUGUUUGCCGUGGGAGUGUGCCAUUUUCACCAUUUUACUUGAGAAAUGCAAAUUGUAAUGGGACAAUCAACUUGCUUUUUUUAUUUUAAUUUUCUUUUCUUUUUUUUUUUAAAUGCUGUUGGCAUUACUGGUGCCACCAUUUAUUUAUAAACUGUGUAAAGUCUUAACGCAUCAUCCAAUCUAUAUGCCAUAAAGAACUGUGCUUUUUAAAAUAUGCCUGCCACAUUUUAAUGUUAGAACUUGGUUUAAAUUCUACAUCAUAGAUUGUACAGUUUCUUACUUAUGUGUAGGUGUGUGUAUGUGUUGGAUUGUUUUUAAUAAAAAAUGUUUUAAAAGA